AUGAAGACGCACAACAUCAUUUUCUCCUCCAGGUCCGCCACCCUGGGCACCGACAUCCUCUUCUACGGCGGGCGGGACAUGUUCUUCUCCCCCUACAGUGACUACUGGCGCCAGCUCCGCAAGCUCUGCACCAUGGAGCUGCUCACCGUCAAGCGUGUCCUCUCCUUCCGCUCCAUCGGGGCUAAAGAGGUUUCUAAUGCGGUCGCCCAAAUUUCUCGCUCCAUCGCCAGUGGCAAAGUUGUGGAUCUCAAGCAAUUGCUACUUGUGCUGACCACUACCAUGAUUUCUAGGGCAGCUCUCGGCAAGGCUCCCAAGCUAAUGACUGAGAAAUUCGUGGAGGUUGCUGAGGAAAUGGUGGGGUCGCUUGGAGGUUUCAGGCUAUCAGAUCUAUUUCUUGCCAUCAUUAAUGGAUUCCGAUCGAAGCUCUUAAAGCUCCAUGAAGAGGUCGAUUUGGUGUUGGACGAGAUAAUCAAUGACCACAUUGCUAAUACUUUUUCUGACGACAAAACUGAUGACCUUGUAGAUGUUCUUCUCAAGCUUAAGAAAAGUAACGAUCUAGGCUUUUCGUUAACCAUGGAAGCCCUCAAAGGUGUCCUACUUGUAAGAAUUACAUAUACACUUGUAGAAUCCAUGGGCUCAUCGGUUAUUUACUCUGAUAUGUUUCUUGGUGGGACUGACAUGACAACAUUAGUGAUAGAGUGGACAAUGUCAGAGAUAAUGAAAAAUCCAUGCAUAAUGCAAAGAGUCCAAAAAUUGGUGAGGGGCAUAUUUCGGGACAAUGUCGAUGAAGUGAAGCUCCAGGAAUUGGAGUACCUAAAUGUUGUUAUCAAAGAGACUUUGCGAUUGCACCCUCCUGCUCCGAUAUUUAUCCCGCCUGAAACGUUCGAUCCAGAAAGAUUUCUUAACUCUACAAUCGAUUACAAAGGAACACACUUCGGGUAUAUACCUUUUGGAGCAGGGAGGAGGAUGUUCCCUGGCUUAAAUUUUGGGAUGGUCGUCGUUCAAUUCGUGCUAGCAAGUAUGCUUUUCCAUUUUUAUUGGAAACUGCCCGGCGGAGUAAAAGUCGAAGAUUUUGAUAUGAGAGAAGUCUAUGAUGCCUUGCUGUGGAAGAAAGAAAAGUUGUAUCUGUUUCCUACGGCACCUAUGAGGUUACGAUGA